GGCGAAACAAAUUUCAAAAAAAUGUUACUAUCUACCAUUGGAUCUGCAUAUUUUGGUAUUUAAACGUCUUUUGGUUAUAUAGAAAUCAAAUAUAUAAAAAAAGUUCCUAAUGGAAAAGGAAAAUACAUCCGAAAGGGCACUAAAGCCCUCUGAAAAAAAUUCGGAAAAUAAUGAGACUAUUAAGCCGAAAGGAAACGACGCCACAACCAAUGAUUUUUCCUAUAAUCCGUCGGUCCAUCCUGAUGGCGGUGACCACAUUGAUGAGGAUUUGACACGCAUGCGAGGUGACGCUAUUGGAAGUACGUUAUACAGUGAACGUUUUGUGCUUUCCACAUUGUUGAAGCUGACUAAAGUAGAGAAAGAACUCGCCAAAAAUGAAUCAUUUGAAAGCGAUCUAUGCUCUGUUUGGGAUAUGACAAUUGAAAAGGAUGUUGUGUUCCUUCUAUUGGAACAUAAUGUGUUGGACCUCUUUGCUCAUUGUAUCAAUAUAACAGAAGAUAAGCGUUUAGUCGAAAUUUUAGUGGGAAUUUUAGGUAAUUUGUGCAAUUUUACGGAUGCGCGUAAUGCUCUUGUUGAAGACACUACCCUAAUACAAACACUGCUGGGUCUAACAGGCUGCUCCGACUCACUGACGCUUUUGCAACUCACACGAUUGUUUUCGGUUGUAUUUAUACAUGCAGAUCGUUCAGCAGCACUGAAAUGGUAUCAACACAUUUGCUUUUGUCCAGAAUUUGUAAAAAAUAUUACGUUUAUACUAAGCAACUCUUUCAAUGAACACCUACUACGUCAGACUGUCGAAACACUGAAUGCCAUACUUGCAAAAUUUGCUCUAGUAGAACAUGAUACACAAACGGAGAAAGGUAAAGAUCUUAAAAGUGUGCAGCCACUGCCAACAUUUGAACAGCUCUUUGUGAAUGAAGCUUUAAUAAAAGCUACAACGGAGGCAUUCAUAGCAUUAUUGCCAAGAAAUGAUACUACCGAGUUGCAAGAAAAUGAGGAUGACGACGAUGAAAUAACGAUUCUACCUACGCAGAAUACUCAUAACGUAAUGCAAAUAUUCUUGAAUAUCCACUGCAUUUUGACACAAUAUGGUGAUUAUUCUCAAAGUAGUUACAAACCGCAUACCGAGUCGCUAAUGCAUUGCGUAAGUUAUAUUCUUGAACCGCUAUGCAAUCCAAAGCACAUACAACAUUUAAGCAAUCGUGAACAAGACUUAUUGGAUAGUAUCAAUGAUAUUUUUGAGUCACUAGGAGACCCUUUUGAUGAACGUUGUCUGACAUACGCAAUACGUAUAUGGAAUCUGAUAAGGGAAGAAAAUGAACGUAUUGCACGAAGAAAACCAGCGAAUGAUUUUGAAGAUAAUGCAAUUAAAGACGAUGACUUCAAUUUCGAGAGCAACUAUCUAACUUUACUUGAUCUUAUUGUUCGUAUGAUCAAUGCUGCUACUGAGAUACAGUUGGAAAAUGUUUUAAAAGAUACUGAUAACAAUAUGAAAAAUCUGCAAAAUACACUUUGUGUUGACGACAAUAAUCAACCUAGAAAAACAUGCUACAGCAAAAUAAAAAAGAUUUUAGAAAAUUUAGAGCAAGAUUAGCAGGUUCUUAUUAAGCGCCUGUGACCCGAUUUGUGAGCCAAUAUUACUAUUUCAAUAAACAAAACAGACUAUUUAACUACAGUAGAUCAUUAAAUAACAUUAUA